AAAGUACCCAGUCUUCAUCAGCACCUUUGCAGUCACCUGUAGUGGCAAUAGCACGAAGCGCAGCUCGGACGGAUGAGCCUAGUGUAUCGGCCAUGCCCAUAGUUGCCCAAUCAAUGAACCCAUCUUUCGACAACGAUCCUUCAUCUCUCUUCAUAUCCAGCAAAUCCACGCAAUCCAGAGGCAGGUGAGCGUCUGAUCUUUGGACGUGCAACCCUGACUUCAGAAGUCAGUGGCCACACCCCGGCCCUUGCGAGGGGGCGUGAGGCGCGUGGCUGUGAGCCAAAAUGCCUGGGGGGAGCUUCCUUGAAGAAGCGCUCGCACUAAUGAUUUGGUUCCUAGCUUUUAGGGAAACUUCAGCAAAACCAGCUAAAGCAUACCUUGAUUGAGGGUGCACUGAAUGUCCCAUGUGGCUUCGGGUGAGUUUGUCUGAGGCAGAGGCGCAGCAACAGGAGAUUGAGAGAAGAAGACAGGAGCUGCAGGUUUUGGAGGCGGAGAGAGAGGACAUUCGGGCACGAAAGAUGGAGGAGGAACGACGCUUCACCUCAGAGCUCCAGAAGUGGGCGGAACAGCAACAAGAGGAGCUCAGAAAGCAUAGAGAGGAGCUACAUGCGUUGGAGGCUGAGCGGGAGGAGAUGUUGAAAAAGAAGUUGGAAGAACAGCAGAAAUUGCGAGAGGCGCAGGACCAAGAGGCUGCUGAAGCACAGCGGGUGCGAGAGCUCCGCAGCAAGGAGGCCUUAGAGCAAGAGGCGGAGAUCCAACGUAAGCGAUCCUUGGACAACAUGGCCGGAUUUCAACCCAGGGAGCCAGGUAGCCAUACUCAGUAAAUGGUCAUUGCGUGAAAUGGUCAUUGCAUGAGAUAGUCCGCAGACCGAAUUGCUGAUGCAC